AUGGCUCUAUCUAGUCCAGAAUCACCUGUUCCGCCACGCCGGGUUGUAAUUAAUCGCACUGAAAACCCGAGCGAGGAACACGAGGAGCUGAACAAGAUGGCGCACGGCGUUGUGGCAGAAAGUCGAAGGUUUGUACUCUUGGUUGGGUUUUCUUUUAUGUAGCAAGGUUUCGCUUAGUUGUGUUAUUAAUGGGGGGAACUUAUUUAACUUAGAUAAUUUACUGAAAUUUUAAAAGGUGUAUAUGCACACGAGCCCAAGCUUAGCUUGAUUUAUUACAUGGCCAUAUGCAUUGUUUCUAUUUUAUGCAUUAUUUUUAUUUUAUGGUUCAGUAAUAGUGAUAGAAGGCAGGUUUUUCUGAAGGGUUUUUUAUCCAAAAUAUCAAUCGAAUACUCAAGGAGAAAAAAAUAAAGCAAUAAAUCAUUGGUUGGUUGUUUUUUUAACAGUCACAGAAUCAUGAUCAACAUGCAAUGUAUACCAGCAGCCUUUACUAACUCGUUGAUCAGUUUGUACAGUACUGUUUUCUCAUUUCAUUUUGUUUGUAUAACCGCUUAUUUUACUCAUUUGACCUUAAGACGGAAUCCACCAGGAAAUUGAAUGAUUUUGAUUUUCAAUGGACAAAAACCUUGUACGAGAAUAAUUUAAAGCAUAUUGCAUUCUUUUUUACAUUUUUUAAGGGCUAAAGAUGUAAUUAGUCAUCUGUAAUAAUACCGAAGAAAAUUUCCUAUAGAAGCCCAAGAAAUAGAGAAUACUUCAUGGAAAGUGCUGGCGUACGGUAUUUACGCACGAGUUGUUGACGUAUCAGAAAUCGAACGAGUGAGCGCAGCGAACGAGUAAGAUUUCUGAUACAAAAACAACGAGUGCGUAAAUACCGUACAAAGCACUUUCCAUGUGGUAUUGUGUUUAUUAUAUACAUACUGAGACAUUCAUCAUUUUGGCGGCCUUUUUAUUUUAAAUCUUUCAAAAAUGCUAAAAUUUGCUGCUACACACUUACCGCAAAAUCACAACGAAAACGAAGUAUCAGCUUUUUAGUAAAAACGUUUGUUAAAAACAUAAAUGACGGUGAGGAUAUGAGGUAAUCCAAGAACUACAAUUUAGUAAUCUUAACUGUUCGUUCUUAAUGCACAAUUGAAAAUGAGUGAAUUUAAGUAAAAUGGCCGGUUUCAGUAUAAGCUUAAGCUUAAAUGAAAGGCAAAGUAGCUCAGACAAAAAGCACAACAAAAGCUUACGUCUCGUUCUGUUUAUCCCUUUCCGCUGUUGUUUCGCCGGCUCUCUACCGUUUUCUUUAUCGACAGUGAAACAAACGAAACUAUUCCACUCCAUUUCGAAAUGUUUUUCACUUUUUUAGCGAGAAAAACUCUUUGAGUAAAACUUUUCUCGUUGAAUGUGUGCGAAGCGGCGCUGCAAGCUGCAAUAAAAGGCGGGAAUUUUGGCGCCAAACUCACACACCUCUGUGGCUUCUGAUUGGACGUAUCAUUUUUCUCACACAUGAAAAAACAUCGUUCGCGAUUCUGAUUGGACGUAUCAUUUUUUUCACGUGUGAAAACCAUCGUUCGCUCCUCUGAUUGGCUAGAACUAAUCUGCGUACGAAAAUUUACGACAUAGCUUUUUGGUGAGUAUUUCUCAGUAUGUAUAUAAUAAAAUAAAAUGCCAAAUUUCACAAAAUUGCAUCUUUCACAUGAAAUUUUCAGAACUAAAUUAAAAUUACUCAAUUUUCCGGUGGAUUCCGUCUUAAUACUAGGCCUAUUUUUUGGCCUGCUAUUCCAAACCAACUGUUAACUCACUUUUGUAGCACAAUAUAUGCCAUGCCACGUCAAGCUGUUUAAAUUCCAUGGUUGUUUUGUUUACAGUGAAGAUGUCUUCUCAAGCUAUGCUUGCAACUCAUUAAAUCAUAGAGGAAUUAAACAUCAUCUGGGGGAUAUUGGAGAAGCUGGUUGCUUGGCGGUAAGUAUGUAUACUACAUGUUUUUUGAAAUAGCUUGAAAAUCAAACCAAAUUUGUCCCUAGUGUGGUUAAACAAGCAUUAGACCUUGUUUGAGGCAGAAUUUUCUUUGUUUCCUAGCCUCAACAAAGAGAAGUCAUUAUGUCAUGUUGCCCUGCUUACUAGCAAAAUUCCUGGAUCUCAGCAAACUGUGGCCCUGCAAUUAUAUGGGAGAAAAAAAUAGGACUGUAUGACUUUCCUAUGAUUGCACUUAGGACUUUUCUUUCAUCAUCCAAAAAUACAAAUCGUGAAAUGGCCAUUUCUGUCUUGAAAGAAGGACAGUUGAGAUCCAGAAAUCUUGUUACAUGAUUGUAAAGUGAUAUCACGCUUUUCCCAAUUAUUUGUAGGGGACAAAGAUAACAUUAUUCCAUUUUAUCUGAGAACAGUUUAUUCUCACAAUGUUCAACUGUCUGCGCUAUUGAUAUUUUUGUUUUUAAAAAGGUUGUUUCAUUUUGCGGGUUUUACUGAUGAUUAUCUUUUUAAAGUAAACGCACAAUAAAAUGGCUACUGAUUUAAUGUAUGUCCCCUCUCUUUUCUAGGCACAGCAGCUACCACAAGCUAAAUACUAGUCAUUGUUUAAAUCGCUUCCACAAGAUUUAGUAGAGACAGGUGAUGAUAAUUGACAUAUUUACUUUGACCAACAUUCCGGUUAUUCUCUUGUUUCUUUAAGUCUCUGUUACUUGUGGCUCUCAAGUUCUCUUAGUUUCCUUUGCUCUGUGGCUCUCUGUUAUGCCUGGUUUUCCUGAUUCUCAUGGUUGGUAUUUCUCAUGGCUCUUCCUGUUAUCGUUGUUCUUGUACAUGUAGUUCUCAUCGGUUUUGUGAUCCUCCACAAGUACAUGAACCAGCCUCUGAGGACUACAAGAACCACAGAAACAGGAGACCAAUGAAUCAUGAUGCCAAUAAGAAGUAGCAAACCAUUUUAAAUUCAAGAAUCAGAAGAACCCAUGAGACCAUUGAGACCCUGGCAAAAAAAUGAUGAUACCGAUGAAAACAUGUGCGACCAUUCAAAUGAGACCUCUUCAACAGUUACUGUACUUUUACAUGGCAUCAGACUAAAAAACUAAUGGUUUUUUCCACAUUUACAUGUAAAAACUCUUUAAAAAUGAAAGUUGAAAUUUUUGUUGAAUUGGACACUUAGGUCACUUCUUGAAAAGAAGGGGUUUACAUAUAGUUGGGUUUUACUUACAGCAGCUUUGCCCCCCUCCCCCCUCCCCCCUCCUUUAAUCAGACACCAAAGGGACAGAACCAAGUGUCCACUUUACAGAGCUGUCUGCUUUAAUUAUUGAGGUAAAGUAAUAUGUAUAAAGUUAGAUGCCUUUAAGCUAUAUAUGUGCAAGAGAGAGAAUUGUUGUGUCCAUUUGCACAUGGCUAAAAGUUUGUGUAACAACUCCCAACAACAUGCAACAACAUUGCAACAACAUGCAACAGGGUGUGCCAAUGGACGCAACAUGUAACAUUCAACAAUGUUGAGACCUGUUGGCCGACAAUGUUGCAUACAUUUGCAUGAGGCUGUAGGAUGAAAAGACCUUAUAGAGGUGUUUGCAUGGAGGCGUUUGAUCAUAUUUUAGGUGAUAAUUUUGUAAUAAUAUUGAUAAAGGGAAAUGUUGAUAAGCCUAUUUUUUUUUUGUUUACAUCAGGCAAACUAAGUGAUUUGCAACUGGAAGGAGUUUUGUAAGCUGUAAGUAUAAUUAUCACCUUAUUAGUAUCAAGAACUCUGUCAACAUUUGUCGGCUUUUGUAUUGCUCUUUCUUCUGUCCACGUAAAGCAUUUAAAGUAUUUGGGAAAAGAUGGAUUUCCAGCUAAAAAUAAAUUCAUUACAAAAAAGGCCCUUCCAGCUGCUGGGGAGAUGUGGUAGCAGAGAGUGUGUUAUUGCACAGUCGUGGUCUUGAGUAAUAAAAUCAAGUUAAACAGCAUGAAAAAUUCAUUUUAUAAACUGCUGUUGAUUUUUUUUUAAUAGUGUCAGAGACAUCAGAUGGUCCUUGCCAAUGGACAGAGAGCUGGAUUCUUUAUAGGGGAUGGUGCUGGGGUUGGAAAAGGAAGACAAGUGAGUACAUUUUGUUUUUGUACAAUUUCAUGCUGUUAAGUCGAUGAACUGUUACUUUGUUUAUUUAGACAAAAAUCAAGAACAAUGGCCAUUUUCACUGAGGUGCAAAUUUACCUCAUUUUCAUGUUUGCAAAAGCACUUGUCUCGUUUUCAUUUUAAAACCAUUUGAUAUCACUUGUAUUUUCCAUUGCCUCCACAUUGCGUCCAAACCAUGUUAAACCACUCAAGAAUUGGAGUUGCUAUGGCAUUUUAUUAAUCUUUGAUCAGCUGGUAGGGUGUGACAGUUGGUACGGGCGUGCAAAAGAACAUACAUGGUUGAUCAUACAACCUUGAAAAGGUCUUAAUUCUACUACUGUCAUCUUGAAAAGUCCUUGAAUUUGGUUUAGGUCCUUGAAAAGUACUUGAUUUCUUUAUUAGGUCAUAAAAAGUCCUUGAAAUUCACAACCUUGUCUACGUCAGACAUCUUUUUCUGUAAAAUUAGAUUAUUUUGCCGAGGAAAAUUCGGCUCAUCCUCGGUGUAAGAUUUGACCUGUAAAACUCACGGGUAACUAUGCUUAAUUUCUGCACCUCAGAUGCAAUUGCACGUCAUACCCAGUCAUUUUGCAAAGUCUUGUUAUGGAAAGGAGUAUAAAAUAAUGUGAUCAAUGAUAUGGCCAAAGAAGUCAAAGUCGUAAAUGACUCCAUGACAUGUUUUAGCCAAUAGGGUGAUCAAAGGGGGUUAAAGAAUGCCUACGAUUUAACAGAAAUAUCGUAGUCCUGGAAAACUGUAAUUUGUCCUUGAAAAAUUCUUGAAAUGUCCUAGAAAUUUGUUUGUUUGAAGUUGUACAAACCUUGAAUGUAGAACUGUUUGACUUUAAGCCCAUUAAAUUUGUAGUCAAGAUUACACUCCAGUUGUUUUCUACUGUAGAUUGCUGGCAUUGUUGGACAAUUUUGCACGUGGAAGAUCCAGACAUAUAUGGUUUAGUAUUUCAGCUGACCUACGAUUAGAUGCCCAAAGGUGUGUUCAGAUUAUUCUUUAGCCAAAGUCUGAUUAUGUAUUCAAUGGAAUUUUGACCUUUUAAGUCAAUGAUUUUAACCCAUUCACUCCUAGGAAUUUUUGCAAAAAAUACCUUUUAAAAAAGUCUACUCUCUAUGACUUAUUGGCAAGGUAGGUUUUAUUACAGAUUAGAAGUCAUAAACAGGAUUUUCUUUUUCAAAAUCAUCUUCUGGUCCCUCAGUCGAUCCUACAGGAUGCAGGCAGUAAAUUAUUUUGCAUCUUUGGAGAUCUGAUGCAUCAGGGGCACAGGAUGCACAGGCAGGGGUAACAAAAUCACUGCAGCAUUAAUCCCUAUAGCAGUUUGUUACACAAUCAGGUUUGCUGGUAAUUGCUCUCUCUCUCUCUGUAUAGCUGUAAAAUACUAUAACCCAAGAAACUGACAAAUUUCUGAUUGUUUUUCAUUUGUCAGAGAUUUACAUGACAUUGAUCGAUUUAAGACUUAGUCUAUUUCUUAAAUCGAUUUAAGCUUAAAUCGAUAUAAGCUUAAAUCGAUUUAAGACUUAGUAUAUUUCUUAAAUCGAUUUAAGCUUAGUCGUUAAAUCUAUUUAAGCUUAAAUCGAUAUAAGAUUAAAUCGUUUUAAGACUUAGUCGUUUAUUUCUUAAAUCGAUUUAAGCUUAAUCGUUUUAAGACUUAGUCGUUAAAUCUAUAUAAGCUUAAAUCGAUAUAAGCUUAAAUCUUUUCAAGGGGACGUAAUUAUUCAAAAUGUCUUAAUACAGCGAUGAAGAUUAUUCUAUUUAAAAAUUAAUUUACGACCCAGUCUUAUUGAUCAUAUCGACUCCAUAAAUCAACUUAUUUAAAUAGACUUACAAUCGAUCAAUUUGACUGAAUAUCGGCAUUAGCGAAAUCGAUUUAACUAUAAAUAUACUAAGCCUUAAAUCAAAACUAAAUUUAACCAAAUUCAACGAAAUCUUAAAUCGAUUAAAGCUUAAUUUAACUAAAUAAGUCUUAAAACUAUUUAAGCUUAUAUCGAUUUAAGCUUAUAUAGAUUUAACGACUAAGUCUUAUAUCGAUUUAAGCUUAAAUCGAUUUAACGACUAAGUCUUAUAUCGAUUUAAGCUUAUAUCGAUUUAAGCUUAAAUCGAUUUAACGACUAAGUCUUAAAACGAUUUAAGCUUAAAUAGAUUUAACGACUAAGUCUUAAAACGAUUUAAGCUUAUAUCGAUUUAAGAAAAAAUAGAUUUUACGACCAAGUCUUAAAUCGAUUUAAGCUUAUAUCGAUUUAAGAAAUAAAGGACUAAGUCUUAAAUCGAUUUAAGCUUAAAUAGAUUUAACGACUAAGUCUUAAAACGAUUUAAGGUUAUAUCGAUUUAAGCUUAAAUACAUUUAACGACUAAGUCUUAAAACGAUUUAAAGCUUAUAUCGAUUUAAGAAAUAUACUAAGUCUUAAAUCGAUUUAAGCUUAAAUCGAUUUAACGACUAUGUCUUAAAUCGAUUUAAGUUUCAUUUAACAAGGUCUUAAAUCGAUUUAACUAUGUAGAUUUAGAACGAUUUAUUUUAAUUUUAAGUUAUGUAUUUUUAUUAUAAAAACUAUAUAAUGCUGUUUGUUUUCAUUGUGCCAGCCGCUGAUAAAUAUUUUUACCCUGUUAAAUAAAUUUACGUAGUUACGUAUAUUUAUUUAUUAAAUUUAUAUAACACCCUAUGGCCAGCUGCUGAUAAUGAUCCGAACAUCCAUUAACAUGCCGACAUUGAAGUUUAUCUUUUUUUAAAAUAAAGAGAAUAACAGCGAUUGUUCUACAUAAAGUUUGCACGGACAGCAGCCAAAUGAUGUUUUGAUUCGUUGCAACAGCCUAACAUCGCUCACCUUGACGUUUUGUCCAUGAUCCACGAUCUGCCGUCACUGUUUUCAUGAAAGAAAUCAACCCAAUUUUACCUUGGUCGUCGUUAAAUUUACAAUGGACUAAGGAACGUACAUCAUCGUGAACGUUUGAAUCUUGUAAAUACAUGCACCCCCAGCUCAGAUUCUUGUAUCUGUGUUGCUUGCUCUGGUUCGAUUCGUCGGUACUUCCGCGUAGAAUUCACUGAACAGUGCCGUUGUUUACAAAUACCUUUGAGCUGUUCCAUCCAAAAACAUCAACAGAACUUCCACCUCGAAACACUGAACUAGAUGCUAAACACUUACAAUGUAUGAAUGUUUGCGCCUUUCAUUCAACGGUCGCAAAUGUUUGUCCAGCGAUGUAAUGUGAUCUGAUGCAAAAGUGCCGACCAAUUAGAUUACAGCCUAGAAUGUCUCCAGGAAUUAGCGAUAACAUUCCCACACUCGCCAGUCACGGAAUAAAAUUUAUUGAAAUCUUUAUUCCAAAAGCAUAGAAUUUGGAGGUUUAUUCAAUAAGUGAUCUUCCCUGCGUACAAGCUUACUCACAUUUCUUAGAGGUACAGUCAAAGUUUUCUCGUUAUGAAAGCCGUAAUCUGUGGCAAAAGGCUUUUUCUGGCGGUUCAUGUUAUGAGCGCUCAAGAACGUUGUGCUAUCAGAUCCAGCGUAGCUGAAUUGUAGCGUUACUGCAGCUAUUGAAAGUCGGCAACUGCGCUGCAAAACUGCUGCCGAGAGCUUCAAAGGCAGCACCAGCGCUUUUGCAUCCCGCUGCAACUUGAUUAAGCUGUUGUUUGGCUUCUAAAUGCUGCUAAACAGCUGUAAUUUAGCUGUACAGCUAUUUUGUGGCGCCGUACAGCGCUGCAAGUUUCGUACGGGUUUGCUCUCCAGGGUUUUAAUUUUGAAGAUCUUUAAGUCCUUAUUUGGUAUCUGCAGCGUUGUGCAGCGAUAAUGCAGCCUCAAGCGUCGCUUGUAUUCAGGUUGUCAUAUGGAGUGGUUUCAAUGUUUUAUAUAUCUAAGUCUCAUUGCAGCUUUUAAGCAGCGGCCCGCAGCGCUGCUUUACCGUGGCAAAAUUUUGCAGCGCUUUCGCAGUGCACGAAAUGUGACGUUCUCUGCUUUAGCGACUCACGAGCACUGCUUUACAGACGCUUAAGCGCUGUGCAACCAUAAAAGUGAACUGCUGCAGCGCUGCGGCAGCGUUGCGUCGUUCGUACGGGCUAUAGCAGUUUGUUAUGAAAUCAGGGAUGCUGGUGAUUGCUAUCUCUGUAUAGCUGUAAAAUACUAUACACCCUAGAAACUGACAAAUUUCUUAUUGUUUUUCAUUUGUCAGAGAUUUACAUGACAUUGGUUGUUUUGUCAAAGUGAUAGACGGUUGUCAGCAGCUGGAUAAAGAAACCAGGUACACAAACUCGAAUACCACGGGUACAUUAUUUAGAGUAGGGCUAGAAGGGCCAUGCCCUCCCCUGCCUUUUUGUCUUAAAUCUUGUUAAAUUUCAGAAAAAAUUCUCUCAACGUCUGUCUUCCAGAAUCUCAAUUUUUGGAUGAAAUGCUCAGAAUUCUCUCUCUUUUGGAAUUUUUUAAAUCUUUCUCUGAAUACUACAAGUUAUCUACACUGGCUGGUGUCUGUUGUUAUCAUUAUGUAACACAAUAUAUUCUUAUACAUAAAUUCCUUUUCUUAAUAAUUAUUUUCUAAGAGUUCUUUUUCAAACCAAUCUGUGCAUGCAUGUUGCAUUAAUUUUCAUUUUCCUUCAAUUCAGGUGUAUUAUUUUUUCCCCAAGUGAUAAUUUGAUCCAAAAUCUUUCCAAGCCAACUAUUGCUUCCUACAGUGUAAAAGAAAGGAGAAGUCACACUACCAUGGUAGCAAAAUUUCUGGGUCUCAACAAACUGUGGUCCUGCCAAUAUGGUGGGGAAAAAACAACAACAAAAAAUUUUUUGUGCAUUAUUGCACUUAGGAAUGAAAGGGUGGCUGGUAUUUUCCUUCCAUCAUUUGACAAUACAUGGCCAUCCGUCUCUGUCAAGGAAGAUUAUUUUUGAGAUCCAGAAAUUUUGCUUCCAUGGUAACAUGGCAUCACACAUCUCCUCUCUAUAGAAGCAAUAUUCUCUGAUUUCUUUGACAAUAAUUAUAGAUCAGCUGGAAUUUUGAAAGAAAUCCAAUACUAUUGACAUUAUUUUGUUUUGCAGAGUAUUUGGCUUACCUGCUGAUUUUAAAGAGGGUGUUGUCUUCAGUACAUAUGCAACACUGGUGUCGUCUGUUCAAAAAGGUGAGCGUGUAGUGUGAAUGUCAUCUAUCACUGACAAUAGACAAGGUUCCUGUUUUUGUUGAUCUGUUUUAUAAUUGUUUUUUUUUGGACAGGUGCCAAUCGUCAGAGCAGAUUGCAACAGCUCAUAGACUGGUGUGGUGGUGAGCAGUUUAAUGGAUGCCUCAUAUUUGACGAGUGUCAUAAAGCAAAGCAUUUUGUUCCUGUAAGUGAUUUACAGUAGUUUAGCCCUUAUUCUUUGUAUUCGUAACUGCAACAAAUACAUGUAAAUCCCUUAUUUAGGGCAAAAAGCAUGGUUUAUUAGAAACUGCCACUAUCUGAUCAUCAUUAUACAAGUUACGUUUCGUAUGAAGUGGAUGAGAGGACAACAGUUUGUGUUCCCUUUACAUUACAUACAGUUCGCAUAAAGCAUGGCUGGGCACUGGGUUUCUUUAGAAUGGAAUUGGUCUUGUUACACUCAUUAAUAAAUGCACAACCAUUACACUCUCCACACAAAUUCACUGACCAGUGAUGCAUAUUGACACUAGCGACAGAUGUUACAAGUCAUGGAUUCAACUAAGUACUCUGCUCAAUGUAGCUUAUUUCAUUUUAGGGCAAAGAAGAAUCCAGCACAAAAGUUGCUCUUGCUGUCACAACAAUACAAAGGUAUGAUAAAGUUAUUUGACUUCAUUUUUGAAUAUCAAUUGUCAGCAUGUAAUUAACACUCUUAUGUAAUAAUUAAAGUGCUAAUAAUUUUACAAUUUGAAAGAAGCAGGGAGCAGGGAUGGAGCAGUUGUGAUCGAGCACUUGCCUCCCACCAAUGCAGCUCGAGUUCAAUUCCCAGGGUUGAUGCCAGAAACGUUGGGAGGGGAGGUGUGGAGGUGUUGCACAUGUACAUUUUAUAUGAAAGGAGGAUUUGAUAUCAUGUCAAGUGUCACUAAGGGCGUUGUUCCGCGCACCCUUCAAUACAAAUAUUAGAAUAUGUAAUAGUUAUUAUUAAAAACUGAAUCAUUGGAUAAUGCAAUUCUAGAGCUCUGUUGGCUUAGCCAUCAUGGUAUGUGAGCCAUUGUACCAUGCUCUGCAAAUAAUUAAUUAAAAGUAACCGUACGCGUCUGCUGAAUGUUAAAAACGAGCUGAAAAUCGGUUGUUUUUACAAAUAAAGUCAGGAAGAAUUCUCGAUAUUUUGCGGGCGUUUUUAAUAAAACAAUUAUUUCACUGAAGCUUAUAGGAUAUGAGAUAAUUAUAGCCAACUCAUAUCUAACAAGCACUUGUGGAAUAAUUGUUAAAUAUACCUGACCUCCUUACCGUCUCCACAGAGUUCCCCCCCCCUCCCCUACAGUAACUGCUGUGCCCAAAUUUUCUCUUCUUUACAGAUUUAUUCUUUUUUCACUUCAUAGAAUGCUACCCAAAGCUCGUGUUGUGUACUGUAGUGCAACUGGUGUGACAGAUGUAAAAAAUGUGGUAGGUGUAGAGUGA